AUGUAUUUUGAAUAUUGCAAAUCAUCAGAAUUUCUUCUUGGUAUUCAAAUUUAUUCUUUAAAUGAAAAUGAGGAAUCAAUUAAAAAAAAAUUUUCAUAUGACAAAGUUAAUGAAAAGUAUUGUUUUGAAAAUAAAUAUAAUUUAAUAGCCGGGAAAUUUGAAAAAAUAAAAAGUUUAAAUCAUCCAAAUAUAUGUAGAUAUUUAAAUUUAAGAAGAAAGAAAAAUAAUUAUACAAUUUUUUCUGAGUAUUAUUCUUUAUCAUUAUAUGAUAUAUUACAUGAAGAAAAAAUUAAUUAUGCAAAUUUUAAGUGCUUAAAAAAAUUAUCAAAAAAUAACAAUAUUAAAUAUUCAAAUAUUACUAAUUAUAAGAUUAUUGAUUCAAAAGUUUUAAAUAAAAUUAUUUAUGAAGUAUUAAGUGCUGUUCAGUAUUUACAUGAAAAAAAAAUAAAAUUUUUAAAUUUAACAACAAAUAAUAUUUUAAUUACACCUAAAGGAAAAGUUAAAUUGCAUAGUUAUUGCAUAUCUUAUUUAUUCAAUAAUCAUGUUUAUUCUAAUGAAGAAAACGACUUUUUUAAGAAUAAAUUAAUUAAUGAAAUUAUAUCUUCUGAAAAAUAUAAAAAUAAAUUAAUCACUCGCAACAUAAAUGAUUACCAAUUAGUAGAUUAUGUAAAGAAAAGUAAUGAGUGUAACAAAAAUAAAAAGAAAAAUAAAAGUAAAGAUAAUUAUUUAUUCAUUGAAAAUUAUUUUAAUUAUUUUGAUUUUACGCAGGAUAUAGUAUAUUAUCUUCCGUUUUUUAUAUUUUUAAACUUACUUAAAAAUGAAAAAAUCAAUUUGAAAUAUGAUGUGUAUAAGCAUAUUGAUAUAUUCAGCAUAGGUAUUAUAAUACUUCAGAUAAUUAAUGGAAUAUUAAAUUUUGGUUUUAUAAUAGAAAAUUUUUCUUAUUUUAUUAAUUUGAAAAAAAUAAAUAGUUUAAAAGUAUCUAAAAAAAAAAAAAAGAAAAAAAAAAUUUGUUUUAGCGACUCAAUUUUAUACAUUAAAAAGAGGAGAAACAAAGAAAACAUUACGAAAAAUAACAAAAAAAAAGAUUCAGGAAAACAAAUAAUAAAAUAUUUUCAUUAUUUUUAUAUUAGUAAUAGUAAUAUAGAAGAAAAGAAAAUAAAUGAUUGUAAAAAUGACAACAUUUAUGAAUUUAAUUCUAAAAAUGGUUAUAAUAAAAAUUGUAAGGAUAAAAAAAUGAAGAAAAUAUAUGAAAUUGUUCAAAUUUUAAAAAAAAUUAUAGAAAAAAAAAAAAAUACUACAAAUAAUUUUUUAAAAAAAACAGAAUUAGAACAUAAAGAAAGAAGUGAAAGGAAAGAAAAGCAAAUGUUUUUUUUUAAAAAUUUAGAAAAAAAGGAUAUUUUAAACAAAAUUCAAAAUAUUUUUAUAAUUAUUUUGUACAUAAAAAUUUAUUUUAUUUAUAUUUAUAAUCAAAAAAGAAAAAAGAAUAGAAAUGAAAUAAGUCUAAUAAAUAUUAAUAUUUAUAAUACUUUUGAAAAAUUAUGUAAAGAAAAUUUUAAAAAUACAAAAAAUAACCAUAUAAAUAUUAGUUAUAAAAUAAUUAAAAAUAUUGUUGAGAAUUUAAUAAAUUAUAAAAUUAAUAUAAAUUUUAUAAAAAUAAUUGAGAGAAUGUAUUCAGAAUUUUUUAAUAUCGAUUUAAUAAAAAAUAGUUUAAAAAAAAUAUUUUCACCUGAAGAGAGUAAUGAAAAAGUUUUUUUCUUAAAUUUUUUAUAUCAAUGUCUAUUAUUAAAUUUUUCUAAAAGUAAUGUAUGUUCCUUAUUAUCUCAUUACUAUUUUUUCUAUAAUGACUAUAUUGUUAAAAAAAAUAACUGUUAUUCAAAAAGUAAUAAUAAUAGUUAUUUAAUCACUAAUGAAUUAAAACUAUUACAUGAUAAUAAUAUAAAUAAUAUGAAAGAAAAAUAUAAUAAAAGUAUAAAUUCAGUAAAAUUAAAGGAAAAAAAAUAUUAUAAAUAUGAUUAUUACAAUCCUUACAUGAUCGAUUAUAUUUUAAGUGUUAAAAACUAUAGUGAAUUAAAAAAUAAAUAUUAUAUUAAUAAAAAAAAUAUAUAUUACUGGCAUAAUUUAUUAUAUAAUAUUAAUUAUGAUGAAGAAUUAAUGAAAUAUAAUUUUUUUCUCAGGUCAUGUAAUAUACUAAAAAUUCCAUAUUUAAUUUAUAAAAGGAAACAAAAAUUUUACAAUUUGCCUCUUUUUUCUUUUUAUAAAUUAAAUUUAAUAAAUAAAUAUUAUGAUUUAUGUUAUAUUUAUGAACAUUUAGUGAAAGAAAAAGAGAAACUUAAAAGAAUAAAAUUUGAAAAAGAAGAUAUUAAUAUGCGCAAACAUAUAAAGUAUAAUAAAAUGUUAUAUGAAAAACAUAUAAGUACAUAUAAAUUAAAAAAAAAAAGACAUAAUAACAUAAAAACAGUAAUUAAUCAAAUUAUAACGAAGCCUAAUAGUAAAUUUAAAAAAAAUAGAAAUAAAAAUGAAAUAAAAGAGAAAAGAAAUAAUGAAGAAAUAUCUUGUGAACCAGUAGAGAAAGACAUAGAAAUUAGUACUUUAUGUGAUGAAAUUCCAAUUUCCAGUAAUAAUAAAAAUGAAAAAACUAUUCAUUUUAAUUUUUUUAAUAUAUCAUGUAAUAUAAAAAACUCUUGUUUACUAUUCAAAGAUUAUAAUAUAAGCACAGUUGGCAUAUAUCUUAGAGAAUUUUACGAUAUAAUAAAAGACGCAUAUUUAUUUAUAUCCAAUAAUAAAAAAUUAUCGUGUAAAUGCGUUUAUAAAAAAAAUUUUUUUUUUAUCUAUCAAUAUAAUCUAUAUUUAAAAUUUGAAGAAUUCUUAAAAUAUUGUCCUCUGAAUAAUUUGAAAUUAUAUCAAAAUAUUAAUAAUGAAUUCCCUAUAUGCUUAAGAAAUAUUAUGUAUCUGAUUUUACUCGAUUAUAAUUACAAAAUCCUAUUAAAGAAAUCUUUAGAAAAAAAGGAAAAUAUAAAAAUUUUGAUUAAUUUAAUAUAUAAAAAUAAAAUUGUAAAAAUGGAUUUAUCUUAUAAAAAUGUUUAUUCAAAUAUUAAUGAUUCCCAGGAUAAAUUAUUAAAUAUAAGAAGUGAAAUUAAAAGUAAUGAUCAUAUAAAUAAUUUAGAUACAAAUGAAAGAAUUAAUUGCAUAAAUGAUUUAGAUAAAAGUAAAAAAUAUGUAAAUAAGAUAUGUACGAAUAAAAAUGUAAGUAAUUAUUUCAAAAAUUUAAAAAAAAAAUUGAAGUGUAAUAAUGAUUUAGUUGGAAGCAUAAAAUUUCAAAAUAAAAUAUAUGAUUUGUUAUUGCUUAUAAAAUUUAAAUUAGAUGUAGAAAAUAAAUAUUUAAUGUAUUUAUUAAUACCUAUAGCAUUAUUAUAUUAUGAUAAUAUAUAUUUAGCUUAUAAAUGUAUUAAAAAAAUCAUAAAAAAAUAUUUAUUAGAAUUAUAUAAAAAUAAAUAUUAUUUUAAUGAAUAUUUUUACAUUUUCAACAGUCUUUUAAAUUAUUAUAUUCCUGAAUUAUCUAUUUUUUUUUUUAAAAAUAAUAUAAAUAUAACUAAUCUGAUACGUAGUUGGGCAUGCUCGUUAUUUUGUAAUUAUUUUGAUUUAGAGAAUAUUUAUCUGUUGUUAGAUAAAAUUCUUACAUUACCACAUUCAUAUAUAUAUUUUGUUUGCAUAAGUAUUUUACUAUAUUUAAAAAAAUUUCUUAUGAAAACUUGUAAUGAUUUUUACAAAAAAAUUUUUUCUUUAUCUAAUAUAGUUGACUUAAAUUUUGUUUUAAAUAAUUCAAUAGAGUUAUUUAACAAAUCUCAUGUGUUGUAUACUGCUUUUCCUUCUUGUAUUGAAUUUCACGAGGUAACUUUUGAUAAUAAGCUUAUUAAAAAAUAUAAUAGUAUUAAUUAUUUAUCUUAUUUAGUUAAGCAAAAGCAUUGGUUUCAUUAUUACGUACAUAAAGAUACUUUUAAAAUUUAUAAGAAAAUAAAUAAAAAAAAAAAUGAAAAUGUUAAAAAUGUAAGAGACUUUUACAACGGAGAAAAUUUAAUUAUUGAAAAUGAAUUAUUAAUUAAGGAAGAUAAUAAUUUAAUAAAUAAGGAGUUUAAUACUUUAAGUAGUAAUGUUGAAGAAAAUAAAAGUCUAAAUAGCAAAAAUUUAAGCACAAUGAAUGCUAAUUUUAUGAAUAUGAAAAGAAAAUCAAAUUUUUUUAAAUUAAAAGGUGAAUAUAUUGAAAACGAAGACAUUAAAAGCAGUACCACAAUUAUGUGUGAUGAUAAAUGCAUAUUAAAGCAUAAUAAUAAAAAAUCUUUAAAAUUAAAAUAUUAUGAAUAUUUUUUAAAAUAUUAUAAAAAGAACAAAAAAAAUAAUUUAAAUGAAUUUAUCUGUUAUGAAAAAAACAAAUCAAAAAAUUCUAUACAAAAAAAAAAAAGGAAUACAAGCAAUAUAUAUUAUGACUUGAAAAAUAAAAAAAAAUUUAAAUAUAUUGAUGCUAUUAAAAUAAGUCGUUUUCCUAUUUUACCAUUUUUUUAUGCAAACUAUUUAUUAAAUGAAUUACCUUUUGAUAAUUUUAUUUUUGUUGAUAUGCGUUUACCAGAUUGUUUUAAUAAGAAACGUUUCAAAUAUUCUAUACAUGCUAAUACAUUUUUAAUUAAUUUUAAAAAAGGACUCUAUAAUAAUUAUAUUGAUGAUUUUAAUAUAAAUAUUGAUUUAAAGACUAUUGUUUUAAUAUUUCAUGAUUCUAUUUUUGAUUUCGAUUCUAUUUAUAAUUUUCUUAAUUUAAAAAUAAAAUUUAUUACAAUUUUGUACGGGGGUUUUGAGUAUGCUUUAAAUAUAUUACCAUCAAAUUAUUUUACUUGA